GGGUGACAAACGGAUUGAUGGACCGGAACUCAAAGUGAUGCUCUCGAAGCUCAAGAUUCCUAUCAGUGAUGCCAUUAUCGACCAAUUGAUCGCAGAAACGUCCAAAAAUGGCGAUGGUAUGAUAACGGAGGAGGAGUUCUUCCGAUGGAUGCUUAAGAUGGACGCCCACGAGGACGAUGUGGAGGGCGAGCUGAGGGCCGCCUUCAAGAUCUUCGAUAUGGACAGCAGCGGAACCAUUGAGAUCGAGGACAUCAAAUGGGCGCUCGAGUUGAUCGGCGAACCCAUCACUGAC